AUGAUUGAGCAAAAUUUAGGCUAUGCUAUUGAAGCUCAAAAUCUGGAGACGAAGACUAACAUCAAAGGUGAUACCCUGAUAGUCAACGAAGUCAUUGCCACACUUUCAAUAAUCAGUGAUACUUUGUUUUGGAAAUUGCUUGCAUCCUCGAACGAAACUCAUGCAACUUCACUGCUGCCAUCAGUCACUAUUGAGCAAGCGACCAACUAUAUUUCAAAGGAACUUGCUGUUCUUCCUUAUCGUGUAAGCUUGUUCUCUUCAGUUGGACAUCGUAUACUCACUCAGAAAGAACUCACAUGUUCUUCAUAUGACAUUGAAGCUGGUCAAAUAAUAGAGAUAGAAGUAUGUCAACCAGCUCAUCGACAAGUGCAUAUCAUACUUCCUACUGGCAAAACAUUCGAGCUCGAUAUUAUCGUCGAUAUUUCCAUUCGUGAGUUAAAAAUAAUUAUUCAUGAUCAAGAAGGCAUUGAUACUGAAUGUCAAGCCAUUCUCAGAGGUGAUCAAGAACUUGAUAAUGAAGAAAUCAUUUACAACUGUCUUGCCAAUUUGAAUGGUCCACUAAACGUUAAAAUUGUGCUGUCGGGCCCACUUCCACUAGACACCAGUUCACUCGCACCUCACCUCGAUUUUGACUUCACCGAUCUUGUUGAUACAGGUGAAAAAUUCUUUCGAGGCAAUUAUCCAUAUGAGCGACCUUAUGGUUGCAAGCGAGUUGCACUUAAUGUCGCAGGAAACUAUGGUUAUGAUGAUCGAUGGCUAGGAAUGAACGGCAUCGGCUCGGAAGAAUGA